AUGCAAGAAACAAAAUCCACGUACAAUUCUGUAUGUGUCGCGCGCAGCGCUGGUGACUUCAACCAGGAAAAGCGUCUAAGAAGGAGGCUGCGCCGUCAACUGCAACAACACCGCGAUAACGAGUGGACGUCAAGAGCGAUGGAGUUUGAGAAGGCGUGGGAGGACAGGAACCCAUGGAAAGGCUACGCUCUACUAAAACAGUAUAGCGGCAAAACGAAAAGAUGUUCCCCUGUCCUCAACACUGCCAAUGGGGUAGCUGUCGGUGAAGCAACCCUUCUUUUUUUGAAGGAACACUUCAAAACCUUGCUGAACCACCGUCAGCACCGUCAGCUCCUGAACUCGAAUGUUCAUAGACAGACGUAUGCGGUUAACGAGGGGCCACCGAUCGAGUCGGAGGUCUUGGUCUGUAUUCAAAAAAUGAAGAAUGGGAAAUCUGGUGGAGACGACGGGAUUAGCGCAGGAAUGCUAAAAUAUCUUCCUCCGUCUGGGAUCCGUGACAUGACAAAGAUCAUCCGUUCAAUAUGGAUAGACGAAAGGAUACCUGAUUCGUGGAGAUACGCUAUUAUAAUUCCCCUCUACAAGAAGUUAUCCGUCACGGACCCCAGGAAUUAUCGAGGAAUCUCUUUGCUGCGUGUUAUGUACAAGGUAUUGGAACGCAUUAUCCUGGACCGACUCAUUAAACAUCGCGAAGAAACAACGCGCGACGAGCAAGCUGGCUUUCGUCCUGGCCGAUCUACGAUUGACCAGGUGUUUAUCGUCAGGAGAGUGAUCGAAAUCUGGCAGCGGUAUUCGAAGCCAAUGCAACUAGCGUUUCUGGACUUUGAAGCCGCGUUCGACUCUCCUCACCGAGGCCGUCUUCUCAGUGCGCUUCGCGCCGAUGGAGUACCAGGAAAGUUCGUUCGCUUGUUUGAUGACAUGAAUCAACGAACAACUGCUGCAGUUCGAACACCAGCCAACAACAACAGGAUGUACAACACCGUUUGA